AUGAGUAAUUUACACUACACAAUUCGAAAACGUAAAGAGCUGCAUGGAGAAAUCAUAUAUGAUUACGCAAAUGAAGCCGUUCAGAGCAGCGAUUAUACAAUACUAGGUGAUAAUUUCGAUGUAUCCGAAGCUACAUCUGGAGCAUUACAAAAUAAUAUGUUACUCCAAUCAUUUAUCUGUCCAAGUUUUCAACUUAAAAGCACACAAUACAUACAUGCAAACACUAGAAAGAAAGAAAGAAUCACCGGAUUACUCGGAAUCCCAAAAAUAUUAAUCAAUGAAACAUUUACUUGCAAAUUUGACACUGAGGAAAACAUAACCAUAACACCUGUAAGCCUGCGAAUCAACAAUCUUGAUUUUGCCGGAAAAAAAUACAUGGCUGACAUCAAAUGUGAUACAAUGUUCACAUACGCUGCUCCAAAAUCCAGCAUAGCUGCCAAAUGGUCUAUUUUAUGGAAUGGAUCAAUACCUUUUGAUAACCUUCUCAAUAAACAUAUUGUCUUAUAUAAAUGCGCCAACAUGGGCAAUCAGUGCGCCAAGUGUCUGGAUAAAAAAUACAAAUGCAUGUGGAAUUCAAAAACCGGAGAAUGUAAAUAUAACAACAGCUCGGAUGUAGAAUCAGACCACAAUAAUCAUUGGUUAAAUGACAAAGAGGAGUGCUUAAAUGUGCCAUUUAAAAACCAAUCAAAUUGGUUAACAGACAACGUCUAUUGGAUCAUCAUUAUCAUAAUCGCAGUAACACUUGUUACAGUAGCAAUAUUCUUCAGUUAUUGUAGAAACUCCGCUGAAAAAUCAAGAACAAUGCAACGGCAACUAAAUAAAAUGGGUAUGGAAAUGAUAGCAAUGUCACAAUGGGUAAAGCGAGUGGUGAUUGAAAACGAAAUGGACCUGGAUGAAAACGAAUCAAACAUGCUGAGAUUACCAAACGUCACUAUCCAAUACACAACUAUUCCAAGAUUCGCUGAAAAUGAAACUGUACCAAAGGAUGAAUAUGAAUUACCACCUGAUCAUAGGUGGGAAAUUCCUCGAAAAAACGUUAUUCUAGGAAAAUGUCUAGGAGAAGGACAGUUUGGAAAAGUUGUCGAAGGAAAGGUUGUAGGCCUAUUACAGCAGAACGUUGUCACAACAGCAGCAGUAAAAAUGUUGAAAAAUAGCCACACUGACGCAGACAUGGUCAAUUUAGUCACGGAAAUGCAAUUAAUGAAAAUCAUUGGCAGACAUGAAAAUGUACUAGGACUACUCGGAUGUUGUACAAUCGAUGGACCUACGCUCCUCAUCAUCGAAUAUUCCUCGCGUGGAAAUUUACUCGAUUUCCUCCAAAAAAACCAUCACUCUACCGCAGCCCAAAAAGUUAAACAAAAUGAUUUGUCCGAAGAAGUACUAAUUACGUUCGCUCUACAAAUAGCAAAAGGAAUGGAGUACUUGGCUUCCAUAGGAUUCGUUCACCGAGACCUUGCAGCUCGAAAUAUUCUAGUGUUUGACAACAAUGUCGUGAAAAUAGCUGAUUUCGGAUUAGCCAGAGAUAUUCGACAAGCCGACUACUAUAAACUGAAAACCGGUGGUAAACUUCCAGUCAAAUGGAUGUCACCAGAAGCCUUAAUGAACAGACGUCACACUUCAAAAUCCGACGUGUGGUCAUACGGGGUAUUACUUUGGGAGAUUAUGACAUUGGGUGAUGAUCCUUAUCCGUUAUAUAACGAUGCAGAAAAAUUAAUGGAAGACAUCGAGACAGGAUAUCGUUUAAAGAAGCCCGCCAACUGUUCGAUCAACAUGUACUCUCUAAUGUGCAAAUGCUGGCUUUAUCUGCCCGAAGAUCGUCCAGAAUUUACAAAUAUCAUUAAACACUUGGAUGCCAUACUGACGAAUUGUGACAAAACUAUCGAACAGCCUGAUCUUCAUGGCUCAAGUCUUUCAACAGAAUCCGAUGACACAGAAGAUGAAACCAACGAUCUACUAGUAUAAAACUGUUUUGAAUAAUUUUAAGUUCUAUUUUAGUUGAAACAAAAUAAACACGAAUAUUAAGAUUGGGUGGAGCAGAGAAGCCAGCGCCAUUUGAGAGUGGGAUACGUACUUUUAAAAAAAAAUGCUAGAUUCUUUUCUCUUUUUUUAAAUUAAAAAUAACCUUCAUUUUGGCCUAUUUCAAAAUGUAAAAUAUCUAUUUCAAUUGGAAUUAUUUUUUAGAAAUCAAAGAAUUUACUUAAAUGAACAUCCAUAUUUUUAACACAAUCGGUAAAUAUUUUUUCUGAAUUCACAAAAAUAUACUUUUCGCAACAAGUUCUGUGGAAUAGCCUCAACUUCGGUUCGAAUAUUUGCUUUCAUGUGUUCUAAGGCGAGUGACUGGUUGCAGUUAGUUGAUAUACACAGGGAUUUGGCUUGGAGGGUGGGGAGGGGGUGAACCGCCCCUUAAGUUGUCAAAUCGAUGGCUUGGUAUAAAAACCUCGUAAGUCCAGAUUUUUUCCAAAAUGCUUUUUUUGUGGUUUCUUUAGUAAAAAACAACGAGGAAUCCGAAUUUAAAAACCUCGUAAGUCUAAAACGCAUCCUAGCGCUCUAAUCGGCGAAAAUCAAACAUUAAAAAACACGUAAGUCCGACUUACGAGGUAAGUACAUGAAUUUCAUCAAUUGUAAAUUUGAAAACCACGUAAGUCCUUGUUAAAAACCACGUAAGUCAUAUGUAAGUACAAUGCAAAUCUCAUAUGUUGUCUCUAGAAACCUCGUAUGUCCUUCCAAAGCCCUUUAAUCAACUAAUUAUAUUUUAUCAACCUAUAAAAUAUCAUCAGGCGAUACCAUUAAGACCUCUAAAACAUAAUAAUGCAAUCUGAAACUGCAAAUAACAAAAUAUGAAUGUUUUAAACGUUUUUUGUGUUCUCCUGAAAAAUUUAAGAUUUUGGACUUACGUGGUAUUUAUACCAAGCCAUCGAAAUGUUGAAAAGGUCGACAAAUUAUGAUAAAGCUAGCAAAUUCUGACGAAGUCCAAAAGUUUUAAAAAUUUCUAGACUUGAUAAAGAAGCUAUUUUGCCAACUUUUCUGAAACUUGAAUCAGCUACCUGUACCUAACAUACACAUUUUUGAAAGCUUUUUCUAUUGCUUCGCUCGGCCUAAAUGCGUACGUACUUAAUUUUUUCGUUUAGAAUUUCUGCUCACGUAAAAUGCCUGCUCUAUACCUACUUACUUACUUACUUGCUUACUUACUUACUUACUUACUUACUUACUAACUUACUUACUUACCUAGGUACUUACUUACUCUCCUACUCAUUUUUAAAAAUUGCCAAAUGCGGAAAAAUUGACUUCUUCAAAAAAAAAAAAAUGUACACAUUAAUUUAACCUCUUGAAUUAUAAAUUUUUGAAAACUUCGGCGUUCGGCCUCGCAUCGCUUAGGCCUGUGAGUUAUUUUUUUGAAAAUCAAACUUUCUAAAAAUCUAUUACCUACUCACACUCAAAAAUGUUGAAAUAAAAAAAUAAAACUCCUCACAUAAAAACAGGCGUUUUUUUACUGCUCGAAACUCAAUCUUCGAAUUUGAAAUUUCUAAAAAAACUAUCAUCAAAAUUCUAAAAUUUCGAAACCAAGAAAUCCAACUCUGCACAUGAAAAAAACAUUGCUUUUUCACCCAUAAAAAUACGAAUUUUCUAAAGCUUUUGUCUUCUCUACGCUCGGGCUAAUUUGUUUCUAGCUGUUUGUUUUACGGAAUAAGAAAUUCCAUGUUUGAGAUUUCUAAAAAUUGAACAGGAAAAACUAAUAAGAAGAUCUACUGUUGAGUAUUGCAAAUUAGUAGAAUUGUUGUCUCACCUUCGGAAAAUUUUCGGUUGCACCCCCUCCCCUCCUCAUAACAAAUACCUACUUGAUAUACUAAAUUGAUUUUUUUUCAAACGUCAAUAUGUACACCAUAGUAUAAUUAUGUGAGUUUAGUGCUUAGAAGUUACUGAGGGUAACCAAACCUUGAGCUUUGUUUUUUCAAUUUUUAUAAUUAUUAGUGCACGCAAGCACUCGUACAUUGUUGUGAAUAUGAAGUAAAAUAACUAAUAAGUAAUAAAUAUUUUCUAAAUUCUUA